AUGAUCGUGGCCUCGAGACCAAAAUUCCAACAAGAAAACCCUAAAGAGCCAAUCCAAGACCGCGGAUACGGGAACAACAACGAGAAUCCUCACAAAGAUGGAUUCCAUGAUGUUAUCAAAAAAUCUCGUGGCAUAUUCGUACCCGUGACGCAUUAUGUUGCUCUCGCUCGCUUGGUCCCGUAUAGUUUCUAUGGCGAAUUCGGUAAAGCGUUCUUUUGUAUUCUCAUCCAUUUUCUUCAAGCUUCCGGCAAUUUCAGAAUCCACGGCAUUUCUGAUAAUGACCAGCAUGAAACGUUUGUGUCUAUGCUCAAAUGA